AUGAUGAACAAGGGCAAAGAAGUGGAACUGGCGAAAUUAGCUGAACAAGCCGAACGAUAUGAUGAUAUGGCGAUUGCCAUGAAAAAGGUCGCUGAAUCGAAUAGUGAAUUGACGGCUGAAGAACGAAACUUACUCUCAGUUGCUUACAAGAAUGUAGCUGGCGCUCAUCGUUUAUCGUGGAGAGUCAUAUCAAGAAUUGAACAGAAACUUGAAGGCUCUGAACGUAAACAACAAAUAACUAAAGAAUAUCGGGAAAUAAUCGAAAGAGAAUUAAAAGACUGUUGUCACGAGCUUUUGAUCUUGCUUGAUAAGUACCUCAUUCCAAAAGCGAUGGCAGCCGAAUCGAAGACAUUCUAUUUGAAGAUGAAGGGUGACUACUAUCGAUAUUUAUCUGAAAUAGUCACAGACGACGAACGGCUAAUACUGGUUAAAGAAUCACAAUGUGCCUAUACUGAAGCCUUCGAUGUUGCCAAGAAACAAAUGCCAGCAACACAUCCAAUUCGGCUUGGUCAAGCUCUCUGUUUUGCCACCUUUUAUUACGAAAUUCUUAAUGCACGGGAGCUAGCUUGUCACCUUGCCAAAGAAGCAUUUGACGAUGCUUUGGCCGAGCUAGACACCCUCGAUGAAGAUUCGUACAAGGACAGCAUUUCUCUAAUGCAGCUACUCCGAGACAAUCUCACUCUAUGGACCAACGAUGCAAUUAAUGACGACGAUGUGAAUCAACUUGAAGAACACUAG